GAAAGAAGAUGAUGCUUAUGAAGAACAUAAAUUUAUUUAAAAUAAAAUUUGUUAAAGAAACAUCUAAAAUAUUUUGUAACCUGGUCACUUCCAGUACAAGAUUUGGAAGUGGACAAAAAUAUAUCAGUCAUUUUUCUUCAAGAAGAAAACCAAUUGAAUCCAAACUGAAGUCAUUGCCAAAGAUGACUGUUAAAGAGCACAUAUUACCCAAUGACCAGCCAGUGAGUGGGUUGGAAUGUGAAGUAGCUUUCAAUGCUCUGACUGAUAAUGAGAAGUUGUAUGCUCACUACCUCAGCCUGGCAUCAUGGAAUGGAGGACUCAUCACUGUUGUUCAGACCUCUCCAGAGUCACCAUUGAUUGUAAGUUUCCUUCUACAAUUGUUCGAUGGUCAAUCAAUAAGUGAACUGAAGUCAAAAGCAUUGGCAAAAAUAACUGAGGACGAAUUCACUGCCUUAUUAGUGUACUCGGCUGGAGUAUUGGCCAAUGCAGGAAACUACAAAGGAUUUGGAGAUUCUAAGAUCAUUCCUGGAUUGUCAUUGGAAAAAUUGGAGGAGGUUAUGAAAGUAUCAGAAGCAUAUUCAAAACAACCCAAGCUGUUCCAGGAUUUGUGGGACAGGUGUAAAUCAUCUAUUUAUUCCCUUGAUGACCGAGACAAGAGUCUAGGAUUUUGGGAUAAGGGUGUUACUACUUACUUCUCUUCAAACUGCACAAUCGAAGAUUCUAAAAUAGUCAAUGCCUACCUCAAAACUAUAAACAUGGAAGCAUACAACUGUCGGACUUUCAAGACCAGUGAGGAUGGAAAAACUGUGUAUGAGAUCAGGCUGGCGUCGGUGCUGACAGGAAGGGAUCCCAGCUUCAUGCCUGCUGAGACAGAGUUCCAGGGUUGUGUGUUUCGUGUCACCAGAGGCGAUUAUUCCCCUCUACUCAAGAAAGUUACUGAACACUUGUCAAGUGCAAAGGAGUAUGCUGCAAAUUGCACAGAGCGCCAUAUGCUAGAAGAGUAUAUUAAAAGUUUCACCACUGGCAGUCUGGAUGCACACAAAGAUGGUUCUAGACAUUGGAUCAAAGAUAAAGGUCCUAUCAUUGAAACGUACAUAGGUUUUAUAGAAACAUACAGAGACCCUGCUGGCCAACGGGGAGAGUUUGAGGGGUUUGUUGCUAUGGUGAACAAAGAGAUGUCAAAGAAAUUUGUUUCCCUGCUAGAAUCAGCUCCUACAUUCCUCAAGAAACUUCCUUGGCCCUCAGAAUUUGAAAAGGACACAUUUUUGAAACCAGAUUUCACUUCCUUAGAUGUGCUUACAUUCUCCGGGUCUGGAAUCCCAGCUGGAAUUAACAUACCUAACUAUGAUGAAAUACGACAAAAUGAAGGAUUCAAAAAUGUAUCUUUGGGAAAUGUAAUACCUGCAACAUUUAUGGGAAGGAAAUUGUCUUUUCUCAGCCCAGAUGAUGAAGCAUCGCUGGUUAAACAUGCUGUGUCAUCUUUUGAGGUUCAAGUCGCCCUCCAUGAACUGCUGGGCCAUGGUAGUGGUAAACUUUUGAGAAAGAGUGGAUCUAGUGAUUUCAACUUUGACAAAGACAGUCUUAUUGAUCCCAUUACUAAUGAAAAGGUGAAGAGCUGGUAUGAAGUGGGUGAGACAUACGACUCAUUGUUCACAACAUUGGGCUCGGCCUAUGAGGAGUGCAGAGCUGAAUGUGUCGGUCUUUACCUCAGUCUCGAUAGGGAAGUUCUCAAAGUCCUUGGCCAUGAAGGUGACGAUGCAGAUGAUGUUAUUUAUGUAAAUUGGUUGUCAAUGGUCUGGAAUGGUGCUAGCAAAGCUCUGGAGAUGUAUCAGCCAGUAACUAAGACUUGGUUGCAGUCCCAUUCGCAGGCCAGGUUUGUGAUCCUGCAGGUACUGCUGGAAGCUGGUCAAGGACUCGUCACCGUCACUGAGACUGAACCCAACCAGAACCUGUUGUUGUCCUUAGAUCGCUCCAAGAUAGCCACAGUAGGCAAGAAAGCUAUCGGCGACUUUUUACUCAAGCUACAGGUAUAUAAGUCAUGUGCUGACAUAGAGGAAGCAACAAAGAUGUUCAACAAGUAUUCAGAGGUGCGUGAGGAUGGACCUUACCCCUGGGCCAAGUGGAGAAACAUUGUCAUGGCUCACAAACAACCACGCAAGAUAUUUGUCCAAGCCAACACACAGAUUAAAGAUGGAAAGACUGUAAUGAAGCGUUAUGAAGCAAACUGUGAAGGUCUUAUCCAGUCUUGGCUGGAUAGAUUCAAUGUUCCUGAAUUCUGCAGCAUUCUAGAAGAUUUAUGGGAAACUGAUAGAAAACAUUUCUAAAAUAAUUAAGCCUUCUAAAGUAUUACUUUGUAAUUUUCUAAACUGUUGGGCUAUGAUUUUUAAAUAUGAAUAAAUACUUUUCCUUUGCA